UGUUUUUUGGGUAAAUGAGUAUCUCGUUUUAUCGUUGCAGAGUGCAAAGAUGCGUAUUUGUACCCCUCAGUUCGAAUUCGAUCAGAAUCAGAACCAGCCCACAAUCUUAAAUAGAACAGGAAUUACUUGUAGGACCGUCCUCGUAUGGAAUAAACUGGUGACUUUAUCAUACUUUAGGUUUGAGUAGUUGGUUUGCAUCCUGAAUUUCCUCUUCUCGUGAACAAAAGUAGCAUUGAAAUUGAAACAAGAAGCAAAUCCUUGGAUCGUUAAGGCUAACUUUGAAGCAUCAAGCAUGAGAACAAUCUCUACAAAUGAAAAUUGAGGUGUUUUGUCAGUGCAUGAUUUCUACUUCAGAUGGAAGAAACUUCUCUGGCCAAUAAUGGAACACCUCUUGGUCAAGGCAUUGAGAUUCCACAAGACACAGAUGGUGAGAGAACUGAGUUUGAUGGUCAAAAUGGCGUUCCUCAAGAAAGGAAGGAAUUUGUUGCACCGGCUGUGGGAAUGGAGUUUGAAUCGUACGACGAUGCGUACAACUAUUACAUUUGUUAUGCGAAGGAAGUGGGUUUUUGUGUUAGGGUGAAAAAUUCAUGGUUCAAAAGAAACAGUAGAGAAAAGUAUGGUGCUGUACUUUGUUGCAGCAGCCAGGGUUUCAAAAGAAUCAAAGAUGUAAACCGAAUACGGAAGGAAACAAGAACUGGUUGCCCAGCGAUGAUUAGGAUGAGGUUAGUGGACUCUAAAAGGUGGAGGAUACUUGAAGUUACCCUUGAACACAACCAUGUGUUAGGUGCAAAAAAUCACAAGUCAAUUAAGAAGAUGGGAAUUGGAACCAAGAGAAAGUUGCAAACGAGUUCCGAUGCAGAAGUAAGGACAAUUAAGUUGUACCGGGCCCUUGUGAUUGAUGGAGGAGGCAAUGAGAACUCAAAUUCUAACGUGAGAGAAAUUAGGGACUUUUCUGAUCAUUAUCCCAACCAGCUGAACUUGAAAAAGUGUGACAUACAGGCCAUUUACAACUACCUUUGUCGUAUGCAAUUGACUAAUCCGAAUUUCUUUUAUUUGAUGGAUUUUAGUGAUGAAGGGCAGGUGAAAAACAUGUUUUGGGCAGAUGCUAGGUCUAGGGCUGCAGGUGGUUACUUUGGCGAUGUCAUUUUUUUCGAUAAUACGUAUUUGACAAACAGAUAUGAGAUUCCGCUUGUGGCAUUUGUUGGCAUAAAUCACCAUGGUCAGUCAAUGUUGCUAGGUUGUGGCUUGGUUUCAGGUGAGACUACAGAAUCCUAUGUUUGGCUAUUAAAAGCAUGGAGUACUUGUAUGUCAGGACUCUUUCCGCAGACUAUCAUCACAGAUAGAUGCAAGUUUUUGCAAAGUGCGAUUGCAGAAACGUUUCCAAAUUCCCAUCAUCGCUUUUGUCUAUCACACAUCAUGAGAAAAGUUCCUGAGAAAUUGGGCGGAUUACGCAACUAUGACACCAUUAAAAAGGCAUUGACUAAAGCAGUCUAUGAGGCGUUAAAGCCAUUUGACUUCGAAGCAGCAUGGGGGUUUAUGAUCCAGCACUUUGGAGUUGGCGAUCAUGAGUGGCUUCAAUCUUUGUAUGAAGAUCGAACUAGGUGGGCCCCAGUUUACCUGAAAGAUAUAUUUUUUGCGGGUAUGGCUUCCGUGCGCCCAUGUGAGACCCUCAAUGCGUUUUUUGAUAGGUAUGUCCACAAACAAACUCCUCUGAAAGAAUUUCUCGAUAAGUACGAAUUAGCUUUACAGAAGAAGUACAAGGAAGAAGCUGUUUCGGAUAUGGAGUCAAGAAACUCAACUCUCACUUUGAAAACAAGGUGUUCUUUCGAAAUGCAGCUAUCGAAGGUCUAUACAAGAGAAAUAUUCAAGAAGUUCCAACUUGAGGUAGAGGAAAUGUAUUCUUGUUUUAGUACCACACAAUUACAUAUCGAUGGGCCAAGCGUAAUAUUCUUGGUGAAGGAGCGCGUCUUGGGUGAGGGAAACCGAAGGGAAAUUCGGGAUUAUGAGGUUUUGUACAAUAGAGCGGCAGCAGAAGUUCGAUGCAUUUGCAGUUGCUUUAACUUCAAUGGAUAUCUAUGCCGACAUGCUUUAUGUGUUCUUAACUUCAAUGGUGUGGAAGAGAUCCCUUCUAAGUACAUUCUAUCACGGUGGAAAAAGGAUUACAAGCGGUGGUAUGUACCGGAUCAGGAAUCCAGUAAAGUUGAUGGAACCGACCGAGUUCAGUGGUUUGAUCAAUUGUACAGAAGCGCCUUGCAAGUUGUGGAGGAGGGGGCGAUCUCUCUUGAUCAUUACAAAGUUGCAUUGGAAGCCUUUGAGGAGUCAUUGAAUAGGGUUCAUGAUGUAGAAGAAAAGCCUGAAGAGUAAAGUAUAUGAUAUGAAUCUGCACUAUAGCUUCUGUAACAAGAACUGUUACUGUUUCUUUCUUUAGCACUCCUUGGGGACAGGAGUCUGUGCCAGCAUGCUUGCUGUGCAGCCAAUAUCGGGCCCAUCCGGGUCUUGUUCUUUGAUUUGAACUGUUCAUUUUUUUUGUCUCGUCGAGUAGGCGACCAAUGUAAAAAUUCAAGUUGAUUGGAUGAUGAUAGCUGUGUGACCGAGCUAGAAUGAUUUUGAAAAUGAAUUGUAAGAAAAUGUGUUUCGAUCGCAUGAAUAAAGAUGUCCGAUCAAACUGAAAUUUUGCAUA